AUGCCACCGUCAAGGUUAACGGACAAAGAUGUCGAUGAACGUGCAGCCUUCCUCGGUAGUAUGAAGCAAGCGUCUGCUCCUCCGAAGGAUAAAUGCUUGCUGGUCUAUUUCAUAGCAAUGCUUCAUGGUAUUGGUGUCCUAAUGCCAUGGAACAUGUUCAUCACCAUAGCACCUCAGUACUAUGUUGAAUACUGGUUCACUCCAAAUAACACGCAAACGGAAUACUCGAAAAAUUUCAUGAGCUCAUUAGGUAUCUCAGCGCAGCUUCCAAAUGUUUUGAUUAAUGUUAUUAAUACAUUUGCAGUCAUUGGAGGUGCUUUAUUACUUCGAAUUGCCGGUCCAAUAGUUAUAAAUUGUGCUAGUGUGUUCGCUACAAUCAUGCUAAUCGUGUUCGUUCUGCCAUCAGAAGAAGAUAUGGCUUGGUUUUACGUUGCCACGUUGGUCAUCGUGGCAAUCAUCAACUUUUCGAAUGGCCUAUAUCAAAAUUCGACUUUCGGCUUAUUCGCCGACUUUCCUGCUGAAUACACUAAUGCUCUUAUUCUUGGAAAUAACUUAUGUGGAACAUUCACUACCGUACUUUCAAUACUUGUAACGAUGAUCCUUUCUGACGUACGCUCCAUCGCCAUCACUUACUUUACUAUUUCGUUGCUUAUACUGUGCAUUUGUGGCCUUUCUUUGAUAUUGCUCACAAAACAGGAAUUCUAUACUUACCAUGUCGAGAAAGGAGCUGCAGCGAGAGUACAAUCGAAUACCUCUAAGCCUGGGCUGAAAGCUAGAUUCGAGAGAUUGUUUCAAAAUUGCCGUCACUUGGAAAAAAGGCUUUCUGCCAUGUUUUCAGAGCGCCUUUACACUUUCAUCACGACUUUUCUGACGUUCAACGUCUGCGCCACUGUUGGAUCUACCAUCGCCAACUUUGUCCAAUGGGUUGCCCCUCGGCCUCGAUAUCUAUGGAUUCCAGUCCUUCUACGAGGUCUCCUUAUUCCAUUCUUUAUGUUCUGUAAUUACAGACCUUUCGACAGGACCCUUCCUGUGAUUUUCAAAUCCGAAUAUUCCUUCCUGAUCGGGGGAAUAGUGAUGGCUCUUACAUCAGGAUACUUUAGUUCUCUCGCUAUAUGUGAUGCUCCAAGAGUUGUUCCGGAGAAAUAUGCGAAAGAUUGCUGGUAUGACAGCUGCACUAUGCUUGAUUCUAGGUAUUUUCUCAGGCGUGUCAUUUACACUGGUUGUUGCCUUCCUGACGACGUAUUCAUAAAGAGCUAUUCAAAAUCCAAUUCUGCCAAUAAUAACCUCAUAGAUUCGGCUAGAUUAUUUAUUCAGAGCCACCAGUAA